GUGGUGUUUCAUGCCUAAGGAGCUGGAACGAAAAGUAAAAAGUGAACAAUAAUCUGUGAUUUUUCUAACCUGAAGUUCAAUGACAUUUUGUAACCACUCAUGAAAGAACAGUGGUGUUAUUUCCAUAUGCGCAGAAUAAAGAAAGUGGCAAGAUAGAAGCAAUCAAGUGAAUAUUAAAUGUACACACAUUAAAAUUACCAUCAAUUCAUAAUCAUCUGCUCAGAAAAAACAAACAGACUGAAAGGCAAAGUGAUCACUCUGCUGUUAAACAAUGCAGUAUACAGUGGAUGAUGUGUUUGGAUUGAUUGGACAGUUCGGUUGGAGCCAGAGAACAUACUUUCUCCUCUUAGGUAUUCUACAGAUCUUCGUGGCUCCUCAAAUGCUCCUUAAUGUAUUCACUGGUUUAGAUCCAACUUUUGAAUGUUAUGAAAAAAAUGCAAGUAGUGCAGCGAAGCCUCUCAUUAAUAAGUGCAUUAACAAUGACCCUCAAGAGUGCAGAAUAUCCUACACAUCGGAGUACAAAUCUUUUGCGUCAGAGGUAUGUAAAUGA